AUGGCCUCUGAAGAAGGGAACAAGGCAGAGCCACCCAGGGUCUCUGCAGGCAGUACCCUGGGCGGCCAGGCCCAACCAGAGUGUGUGAAUAAUUCUGCUUACCAGCUCAUGGAGGGAUCCCAGGAUCACCAGAAGGGAGUCCUGCAGGCCCUUGGGGCGGUGCAGAUCCUGAAUGGAGUGGUGAUUCUGGCUUUGGGCGUUUUCCUGGGAUCCUCAGAGUUCCUGACCCAUUUCUUCAGGCACUUCUUUUUUUUCACGUUCUACACAGGGUAUCCACUAUAUGGCGCUGUGCUUUUUAUUAGUUCAGGAUCCUUGACUGUUGUAGCAGGGAGAAAAUCCACAAGAAUGCUGAUGCAAAACAGUUUUGGAAUGAACAUCGCCAGUGCUACAAUUGCCUUAGUUGGGAUCGUUUUUCUCUUAAUACAUCUAGUACUAAAUAACCAGGCCCUCAGGAGUUGUCAGUCUUCCCGGUCUCCAGAUUUAUGCAAUUACCUGGGUUCCUCAUCAAAUGGCUUGGUGUCUUUAAUGCUCAUCUUCACUUUGCUGGAAUUGUGCAUAACUAUCUCCCUCUCAGCCAUGUGGUGCAAAGGAAACUGCUGUAAUUCAAGAGAGGAAAUUUCUUCACUUCCCAGUUCUAUGGAAUCAGGAAUACCUCCUAAUGAAGGUAAUUCYGAGAGCAUCAAAACUUAA